UGCCAGCGGAUCGGGAUCGGAGCAGCUCGGAGCUGCUCGGAGUCUCUCUGUCCGGGCUUGGACAUCGUCUUAACCCGAUAAUCGGCUGAAGAAGGGGCUUUUAAAAAAGACAACAACAAAAAAGACCGCAAGAAUGUGACUCUUAAAUGUGCCCGUUUUUUUUAUUUUUUAAUCUCCGAAAACGACCCAGUUUCUGAUCUAAACGAUUUGAUUUUUUUAUAUUAUUAUUUUCUUCAUCAUCUGCUCCCUCUGAACAUACUUGGACCGUCCGGGGUUAGGAUAUUCUUUUUUUCUUUUCUUUUUUUCAAUUUUUCCAACCGGUUUGGGCAGUAAUAUGUCCAGGCGAAAACAGACCAACCCCUUCAAAGUUAACUGGCCAUUCCACACUUCAACCAUCACAGGACUCCAGCACACUAUUAACAUGGAUGGCAGAGACGAAUUCACAGAGGACAGUGAAUGCUGCAGCAACAACUCCCAGGAAGUCCAAGGGCAGGAUAGCUUCUCAGAAGACAGCGAUAGUGACCCAGAAAACCACGGUGAAGACUCGUCCUCCAACACCUCUGCUGACGACCACAUGACCACCAAGAGAACGCAGUGUCUCCUACAAGGAGCAGGAGUCAAAGAGGAGAGCGAGGAAGGGGGAGAGCACAGCAACAACUUUGUUUGUCCUCUCUGCCCGCUGGAUUUCAGCAGCCCAGAUAAGCUCAUCUCCCAUGUCUACCAGCACACGACUAUGAUGAGCAACACCAAGAGCUAUGUGUGCCCAGUGUGUGGGCGAGCCCUGAGUUCGCCCGGCUCACUUGGACGCCAUCUUCUCAUCCACUCCGAGGACCGCCUCUCCAACUGCGCUGUCUGUGGUGCACGCUUCACAGACACCAACAACUUUAACAGGGAGAAGCUUAAAGAAGUCCUCGACACAACUAGGAUGGAUUUUACUGGGGGAAGGGACACCAGUUCCAUGUCCCAGUCCCUCUCGAGCAGCCCCAUGAGCAGCCCGGGCCCCUGCACUGACUCUUGCCAUGGACCGGGCCCCAGUCCCAGUUCGUGUCAGGGUCCUUGCCCGUGUCAAACAACUAACCCCAAUCCCAACCUAUGUCAAGCCCAACGUUCCUGCCAGGGGCAGGGUCAUAUCUCAAGCCAGUGUCAAGGCCCCAGAGCAUGUCAUGGCCCUGGGCCAGGAUCAGGACCGUGCACGGACCAGGGACCCGCAUUUCCCUCACUGCCCGAUAGUCUCCUCUCUGAAGGGCCAUCCCUCGCCUCAAUCCCUGAUGCACUCAACUCCUCCUCUUCAGGCCUUCCUCCUAUCCCUGAUAUCCUGAGCCCUAUGCCAGUGUAUCCUGCCGGAGUGCUGCUGGUGUGCAACAGCUGCGUGGCUUAUCAGCAGCUAGUGGCGGCCCAGUCACCGAUGCGAAAAUGGGCUCUGCGUCGGAAGAACGAGCCCUUGGAGGCCCGACUGCAGCGUCUGGAGCGUGAGCGCACGGCAAAGAAGAACAAGCGGGCGUGUGAGACAGAAGAAGAGAGGGAGCUGAGGCGGCUGCGGGACCGCGAGGCCAAACGCAUGCAGAGGAUGCAGGAAACGGAGGAGCAGCGGGCACGCAGGCUGCAGAGGGACAGGGAGGCCAUGCGAUUAAAGAGGGCCAACGAGACACCAGAGAAGAGGCAGGCCAGGCUGAUCCGCGAGAGGGAGGCAAAGAGGAUCAAGCGACGGCUGGACAAGAUUGACCCUGCUCUGAGGACACAGAUAGAGCACGAUCCUGCAGCCAUGGCUGCCCUCACAGCAGACAUGAGUCUCUUCCAGUUUCCCUGCCCUAUGCCUGUCCCCUCCAUUGAUAAUGGUCUAUUCAUGAAGCUGCCCUAGUGGGUCCAGGCCAAUCGGGUGAGGGCAGAAUCCAGUUGGCUUCUCGCAGCAUCAUUAACCUCUGCACUGCGCCAUCAGGCUGCCUGUUCACAGAGAACCAUUCCUAGCUGGUUUCCUCUCAGCUCGAUCUGCGUCGAACAGCUUCGCACACAAGCUGCUUUGUUAAAUAAAACAAAAACUUC